ACAGCAGAGAAGACGACGAAGUGGCGCAUAGCACUGGCCAUGGAAGGGCGUUAUUCCCCUCCAGCCGUUCCAAGGGUCAAAAUGGCACUAUGGGUUCGACAUAUCGGCGGUUUAUUCUGGUCUUUCUUGACAUGGAUCUUUCCAAAUCUCUUCGCGUAUCAAGAGUUGAAAGAAGAAAUGUAUGAAAUGGGACCGGGGGUGGAGAUACCGGAAGAGAUGUUGCCGCAGAACCUGCCAGGACCCUAUGACGAGACCCCACCACCAUCUCCCUUGUUGGCGUACCCGAAGUCUAACGCGCCGCCGCCUUCGCCAACUUUGCAGAAAAGCUCGGAAUGCAACAUCGAGCCAAGUAACGACGGCAGGAAGGACACAGAGUUACUCGAACCCAGCAGCGGCGACAGUGAAGAACCGGACCGCAGGGACCAGCUGUCGGAUUCGUCCACGUGCACGCUCCCAGUGUCCGUCUCGGACGCGGAGGCAGCACGAGGCGAUGCUGUUGCACCUCACGGCGUAGCAAAGCGCAAGCCACAGGGCAUCGUGAGUGCUCCGGUGCAUAGAGGCUGCGGUACCAACAAGUUGCGCCACAUUGGAUGCCAGAGCCCUAAAGGUGUAUUGGCUGCUAGACCACCAUUUCAGCCGAAUUUGUCUCCUCGUUCUGUCAGCCGGUCAGGACGGUUGCAGUCAUGUGAAAGAUUGACCCCGUCGCCGACGCCGUCCGCCACUCUGCAGCACCGCGCUGCGGGUGUGAUAAGACGCAGGUUAGAGGGUUCAGGUGAACCUGUAGCAAUGGUGAAACAGCAGACGCCUCAGCGGUGGAAGUAAACUGUUCAUACUGGAACAUGAUUCGUGUCUUACAACCUUCCUUGAAAACGAAUGUUUUUGUUGAUUUCGUGGAAGCGUUUAUUCAAGAAAACAUUACUCUGAUAAGUGUUAAGAAAUGAAAUUCGAUUCCAUCGCGGAUGCAAGUUUAUAAUCGCGAUACCAAUUCGUCUGGAUCACAUGAAACUUCACAUCACGUUUUAACAGGUUUUCCGUUCAAAAGGAUGACGUUGCGUUUGUGACAUCCGGUAGUUUCACCGAACUUGAAUGUGCAACAGCAUACUAAUAAUGUGAACGUGUAUGAAGUGUAUAAUUGUUCCCUAUUAGCGGCACAUCUUACAUCUGAUGUACCUAAGUGCAUAAUUGUACUACUGUAUUGUUGAAUGCAACUAAGAUGAGUAAAAUUUAACAGUCUCCGCA